AUGGCAAAUUCAUUUAAAAAGAGAUUUUCUUUCUCUAGGCUGCUGGGUGAAAGUUCAUAUGUUCCUCGUGAGGCUGGAUCUCAAAAAGAUGAAAGUCUUGCAUAUUAUGUUGAUAAUCAAUUCAAUAAAUUUAAACUCAGCAAAGUCUGGCGUGACGAACAUUUUGUUAAGAUUCAGGUCAAAGGCAGCAAUGCUGAAAACUCCGUGACUGUGACUGAUACAAGUGGUAAUGUGGUAUUUAUGAUGGAUAAUCCUGAGGGUUAUGUGGCUUAUAGUAAGGCUACCACAGUUACCGGUAAACUGAUCCAUGCCAAUUUUGGCACUAAAAAAGACUUUGAGGAUUUAAAGACUCCUGUGAAUGGAUCAUUAGUGAUUGUGAGAGCAGGGGAAAUUACAUUUGCAGAAAAGGUUGCAAAUGCUGAAAGGUUAAAUGCAAUUGGUGUUCUGAUAUACAUGGACCAGACUAAAUUUCCCAUUGUUAAUGCUGAGCUGCCGUUCUUUGGACAUGCUCAUCUGGGAACAGGUGACCCUUACACCCCUGGAUUCCCAUCAUUCAAUCACACUCAGUUUCCACCAUCUCAGUCAUCAGGAUUACCUAAUAUACCUGUGCAAACCAUUACCAGAGCAUGUGCAGAGAAGCUGUUUAAAGGCAUUGAUCGCUACAUUGUAGUAGGGGCCCAGAGAGAUGCGUGGGGUCCUGGAGCUGCAAAGUCAAGUGUAGGAACAGCUCUCCUGUUGCAACUUGCCCAGAUGUUAUCAGAUAUGGUCUUAAAAGAUGGGUUCAGACCUAGCAGAAGCAUUGUCUUUGCUAGUUGGAGUGGUGGAGAUUUUGGAGCUAUUGGUGCCACUGAGUGGCUAGAGGGAUACCUUUACUCUUUGCAUUUAAAAGCUUUCACGUAUAUUAAUUUGGACAAAGCUGUACUUGGUACCAAAAACUUCAAGGUUUCUGCCAGCCCACUGUUGUAUACUCUUAUUGAGAAAACGAUGCGAGAUGUGAAACAUCCCCUUACUGGGCAGUCUUUAUAUCAAGACAGCAACUGGAUGAGCAAAGUUGAAAUGUUCUCUUAUGAUAAUGCUGCUUUCCCGUUUCUUGCGUAUUCUGGAAUCCCAGCAGUUUCAUUCUGCUUUUGUGAGAAUAAUGCAGAUUAUCCUUAUUUGGGCACAUUUUCGGAUACCUAUGAGGAACUAAUUCAGAAAAUACCUGAUUUGAACAAAAUGGCACGAGUAGCAGCAGAAGUGGCUGGUCAUUUCAUAAUUAAACUUACCUAUGAAGUUGAAUUGAACCUGGACUAUGAGAGGUAUAAUAGCAAAAUGCUAUCAUUUGUGAAGGACGUGAGCCAAUUCAGAGCAGACGUAAAGGAGAUGGGCCUGAGUCUACAGUGGCUGUAUACUGCUCGUGGAGACUAUUUUCGUGCUACUUCCAGAUUAACAACAGAUUUCAAGAAUGCUGAGACAACGGACAGAUUUGUCAUGAGGGAAAUCAAUGAUCGUAUCAUGAAAGUGGAAUAUCACUUCCUCUCACCCUAUGUAUCUUCACAAGAUUAUCCCUUCCGGCAUAUCUUCUGGGGCUCUGGCCCUCACACUCUGUCUGCGUUAAUAGAGAAUUUGAAGCUGCGUCGGGAAAACAGUGCUGCCUUUAAUGAAACACUGUUAAGAAACCAGUUGGCUCUAGCUACUUGGACUAUUCAGGGAGCUGCAAAUGCCCUCUCUGGUGAUAUUUGGAACAUUGAUAAUGAGUUUUAAAAUGUGAUACUCAGAGCAGGGCAGUUUGAUUUUCUAGAUUGGUGCUGGUUGUGUUAAAUUUCCAGUGGGGCUUCAAAAUCUAAUAUUAAAAUUCUACUCAAUCAUCUUGGUACUACUAGAUGUCUGUAGGCAGCAGCUCUUAACAUGGGGUAGGUACCUUCAACUUAAAAUGAAUAACCACUUUUAAAAAAAAGUUCAUGAUAGGGUAUUUUAUCUAGUAUUUUAAGUGCUUUGUAAUGACAGCUGCCUCUUUCCUGUUAUAGUUUUGAUUACGUCAGAAGCAGUUAUGAAUUACUGCUCUAUAAAUCCUAAGUACAUGAGCUGGUAUCUUUUGUGGAAAAGGUGGUAUUUGCUAAAGGUUAAAAGCAGUAGCUUAAUGUGAUCCUCCAUCUUCAUUGGAUGCUAGAUAGGAGAUACCGGGUUGCAAGACCUUAUGCUCCAAAUGUGAUAAAUUCCUUUCCACAAGGAUUUAGCUGGUUUCUGCAUUCCUGAAUGAAACAGUUAACUUUCAGAAAAGAUGAAACAGGUCCUUCUGCUGGGUAAAAUGAGGUUCAACUGUUUAUUUCAGGAGUAAGGCCUUAAUGUGUCAAUCUCGAUGUUAUUUAUGAGAAGAAGAGACCAGAAGCCAAAGACUUAGUAUAUCUUUUCCUCUGUUCACUGCCCCAUAAACUUUUGUUUAGUUUUUUGUUAUUGUUUUUUCCAAAGUAUUCUGGAAGAGAACCAGUUUCAGGUGUUUAAUUUCAGACUCAGUUUGUCAAAUACUUCAAAGAGCAUAUUGCCAAAUCUUGGGCAAAGUAGGAAAGCUUUCUAGCAGUUUGACGCUGAGAUAUUUAUUUAUUUAUCAGUGACAGAGUUCACUAUAAAUGGUGUUUUUUUAAUAGAAUAUAAUUAUCGGAAGCAGUGCCUUCCAUAAUUAUGACAGUUAUACUGUCGUUUUUUUUUGAAUAAAAGCAGCAUCUGCUAAUAAAACCCAACAGAUACUGGAAGUUUUGCAUUUAUGGUUACACUUGAGGGUUUUAGGAAACAGCCACAAGCCAAAUUGUAAAGCUAAGUCUUGGAGAAGAACUAAAUUUAAUUCAGGUUUCUAAUCAAGUUAGACUUAUUGCUGACCAGAUAAUGGUAGUUCCCAAAUCCAUUGAAUUAUGACCAAGUUAUAAUCGCUUGGUCACGUAAGGCUGUGAUAGUACUAAUACAAAAUUUUAUAGUUUAGUUUAUCUAAGGUGCAACUUGAAUUCCAGUUUUGCAAAAUUUCCAGUACCUUUGUCACAAACCUAACACAUUAUCGGGAGCAGUGUCUUCCAUAAUGUAUAAAGAACAAGGUAGUUUUUGCCUACCACAGUGUCUAUAUCGGAGACAGUGAUCUCCAUAUGUUACACUAAGGGUGUACGUGAUUAUCGGGAACAGUGUUUCCCAUAAUUUUCUUCAUGCAAUGACAUCUUCAAAGCUUGAAGAUCGUUAGUAUCUAACAGGUAUUCCCAACUUACUAUAAUUCUCUUUUAGUUUUAGAUGCAGGAACAUUCAUGGUCAUUAAACAUUUGAGUAAAUUAAACCACUGUAUAAUCAAAUUACUUCCUUCAGGUUUUUUAAAAGUAAAUGUGGGUGUUACCAUUGUGGUUUCUCUAGGUCGUCUGUUUAAUGGAACAGUAGCAUACAUUUUGCUGUUGACAGAUGAAUUUAAUUUUAUCCCCUUGUUUCCAUGUUAUUUCCUGUAUACCUAGUUCAGGCAUGUUUUAAUCCAGAAUUGACCUUUUUUGGCUUAAAGCAAGGGGAACUCUUGUUUGGGGGAAGGGUUAGUAAGGGAUCUUGGGCAGUGAAGCUUGCAAAAAAUCUUUGAUCAUGUCUGCUGAUCUUAAUAUGGAGUGGUUACAAGUUAGAUGCAAAUAUGAACAAAUUUGAAGACAUGUGAAUAAAGACUUUGUUUUCUAGUCAGCCUUCGCUAUAAACCUGAUAAUUAGCUGAUUGACAUAGGCAGUUCAAAACCGCCACCUAAGUCCAUAGGGUGUCUUAGGUUCUUAAACGCAGUAUCACUUACCUAAGUUACAGUAGACUGUCCUGGACUUUUGCAGCCUCACUUAAUUGUUUCAGUACCUAGUCUCUUUAAUCUUCACAGUGUUCUAUCUUCCACUGAUACUUAGUAUAGCUAGAUGAAAAGUCUCAUCUGGGGAUUUCUGGCUUGGGUAUCAUGUGUACAUACUUUUAUGGAAGCUCGAUGACUUAAGGCAUAAUAUGAAUAAAGGGCACACAUCUUAACAGCAGUUAUCUCUUCCCAAACUCCUUUUCUGUGGUUAGGGUUGAGCUCUAUUUCCAAUCAAACAAGCCAGUGAGUGGUAAGAGGCUUAAUAUUAUUACUGAGUAAACUGUGUGUCUGACUAGUGGCAACUUGCUAGUCUUCAUUUUUUCUGGUUAUGAAUAUCACAUGCAUUUUGAAGGUAAAGGAUAAGAUGAGCGAGUUCUGCCACAAUUUUCUAUCCUAGAACUUGCAUGACCUCUACUGUGUUUGCUCUUUGAAUGCUGAAAUUUUAGACUUGGUCUACCUACUGCUCAGCUGUAUCUUUGUAAAGAGUGAGUCUUUAUAGUUUUAAGUAAGCCUGUAUGUGCAACAAUGUGGAGAUUUCUUACCUUGAUUUAAUAAACUGCUUGAACACUGA